ACCCCCCCUUCCCUCCUUAGUCUGCUUAGUUUUUCUCGGAAACGGGAAUUCUCGGGAAAAUAAAAAUAUUCCCGGAAAAUUCAUAUCGUGGUCGUGUAAUCUGUUUUCUCCAGCGAAAUCUGAGGUAAUGUUUAGAUCGCCUGAGAUACAAGGAAGGAAGAUGCAGUAGCAAGUCGUUUCCUGCAUAAAUUGCUCCAAUCCAGCAACUUUAUAUCUUGAAAAAAAGAAAUAAAUGCCCCUUAGGAACUGAUUUGUGUUCUUGGAAGCAUCUUUACUAGGGAACUUGUUCCCAAGUUCUCCUCCUUGAUUCAUUCUUUGUUUGGAGACAUCUGUUAACUCAACCAUUAUUUGGCAUGUAGAAUCAAAUAGAGAGCGCAAUGUUCAACAACUGUGGCAUGGCCAGUAACUGCCAUCCAGACGGAAGCACAAAAUCUGAAAAUGUUGUCUGCAGAAAGGAUAUAGCUACUACAGGAGAAGAUUUUACCCCCAAGGUAAGGAAACCAUAUACCAUUACUAAGCAAAGGGAAAAGUGGACAGAGGAGGAGCACCAGAAGUUCCUUGAAGCUUUGAAAUUGUAUGGCCGUGGUUGGCGUCAAAUAGAAGAACAUGUAGGUACCAAAACCGCAGUUCAGAUUCGAAGCCAUGCGCAGAAGUUCUUCUCUAAGGUUGCGCGGGAAUCUGAGGGCAGCACUGAAAGUUCUAUAAAGCCAAUUGACAUACCGCCUCCCCGGCCAAAAAGGAAACCGUUGCAUCCAUAUCCUCGUAAAUCAGCUGACUCGUUCAAAGGACACUCAAAUGAAUCAGAAAGAUCUCCGUCUCCGAACCUGUCAGCUACAGGGAAAGACACCCAAUCUCCAACUUCAGUGUUAUCUGCGUUUGGAUCAGCAUUUUCUGAACAGACAAAUAGAUGUCCAUCCCCAAAUUCUUGCACUACUGACAUCCACUCGGUCAGUUUAUCACCGGCUGGAAAAGAAAAUGAUUGUAUUACAUCCAAUUCAUCCGAGGAGGAAGAGGAGGGAUGUUUAGCUUCAGUCCCAUCAAUAGCUGAUUUGAAGACAGAUCGGUCCCUGAAGGUUGAGUUGAAGUCCACGAAAAAUGAGAAUUCUACAGGAGAUGCUGCCAAAAUUCCUCAUGUCACAAGCAUCAAGCUUUUUGGAAGAACUGUCUCCAUGACAAAUCAUCAGGAGUCAGUGAAUAUAGAAGAGAAAAUUCAGUCAGUUAUAUGUAAGGAGAACCUUUGCUCUGUUAAGUCUGGAUUUGACGAUUCCUUACCAUGCUGGAAUUUACGCCCAAGUCUUCCGGAUUUAGACCUUGGGCUGCGCAAUGAAAUUUUAAAUCUCGCACCCCUUCAUCAUCCCUCCAUCAAAGAGAGAACGAUUGAGAAGGAAAGUCACCGUAUUGAUUCUAACGCUGAAUCAGUUAGUGAAAUGGAAAAUGGAGACAAGUUGGAUGCUAUUGAUUCUCAAAGUCAAUCAUCCCAUCAUUCCAAGUCUCCACGAGGGUUCGUACCAUAUAAAAGAUGUUUAGCUGAGAGAGACGUGAAUGCGUUUGUUGAUGGAUUGGAAGAGAGGGAGGGACAACGAACUCGAGUGUGCUCAUAGCAUUGCUUUUCAUUUCUCGCACAGAUUAAGAAGAACGAAUACUGACGGUUGGACGCUGAGUUCGGACGUUCACUUCAUAGGUCACUUUUAUGGUGUUUUGUGGGGCGCUAAGUUGUCGGUUUAGGUAGUUAAAAUCUAAUUGACAGGUAUCUGAUUUCCAAUUCCUUUGCCCCGAUUAUCUAUCUUACUCGAGCCAUUUUUUCAGCCUUCGAGAAAAACACAGUUAUGUCCAAUAAUUAAGAGGGAAGGUCAGUGCUAACUCAUUCCCUUGUGACAGUAGUUUGGCCAAUAGGGGCACAGGAAUAUGGUCCACGGGCAAGAAAGAAGUUGAUUUAUUGGUAUGUCUGGUUUUUGGCAUGAUCAUGUCAUUGUAGUAGCGUGAUUGGAUCUGAGAUGAAGUGCUAAAAAGAAAAUGGGGACAAUGAACAUCAACAAAUUUCACGCAUAUGAGCUAUUUGUUCCUGACUCCUCCAUUGGCUUUAGGAAUUGUAACCUAAUUAUGUAAUGCCCCGUGGGACCUUGUGUUUGAGAACCCAGCCGAGCAGUUUGUAUAUCAGGAUGUUCUUGGAUCCAAAUUCUUUAUUUUUCAACCACAUAUUAAACAUUGCCCCUUUGUUGGUUAAUAUUAUUUUCUCCUCUGACCUGUUUUGUCCAA